AGGCGAAAGUGUGGCGGAAAUGGUGCUGUCAGUUGGACGCGCUGUCAUCGGUCUUUCCGUCGGACGCCAUUUGUGUGGUUGCUCUGCAAGAACGUAAUUUAAGGAAAUUUCACCAUGAGUGAAGUGGCUGAGCCGCAGCAGUUCGAGCAAUUCGAGGAGACUCCACCGGAGACCCCUGCCAUGCAGGUGGAGGAGCACACGGUGGUGGCGCAGCCGGCUGAGCUUCCGGACAUCAAGCUGUUUGGGCGCUGGAGUUGCGACGAUGUCCACGUGUCCGACAUGUCCCUCCAGGACUACAUUGCCGUGAAGGAGAAGUACGCGAGGUACCUGCCCCACUCGGCAGGACGCUAUGCUGCGAAGCGCUUCAGGAAGGCCCAGUGCCCCAUUGUCGAGCGUCUCACCAACUCGCUGAUGAUGAAAGGACGCAACAAUGGCAAGAAACUCAUGGCUGUGCGCAUUGUGAAGCACGCCUUCGAGAUCAUUCAUCUGCUCACCGGAGAGAAUCCGCUGCAGAUUCUUGUCACUGCCAUCAUCAACUGUGGCCCUCGUGAAGAUUCCACACGUAUUGGACGCGCUGGAACCGUUCGUCGCCAGGCUGUCGACGUCUCUCCACUGCGUCGCGUGAACCAGGCCAUCUGGUUGCUCUGCACUGGAGCCCGCGAGGCUGCUUUCCGGAAUAUCAAGUCCAUUGCUGAGUGUUUGGCUGACGAGCUCAUCAACGCUGAGAAGGGUUCAUCCAACUCGUAUGCGAUCAAGAAGAAGGACGAACUGGAGCGAGUCGCCAAAUCUAACAGAUAAGAAUAUUACACUUACAACGGAUUUGUUGUAAUGUAAAAUGGAAGAAAUUCGUGAAUAAAAGAAGAGAGCUCACGUUUCCAUUGAAAAGAGCAA